UGAAGAUCAGCCCAGAGAACGUCGUAGCUCUGUAACUCUUCAGGAUGCAAUGCUAUUAGUUGAAGCUAUGAAUCAGUCAACAGUGGAUAUGGCAGCACCAGCUAAGACCCAGAGUGCUUCUCAUGUGGGCAUCCUACAAACUGUGGACGAGGUCGCAGCAGAGCAACAGACACCACCGCUUCCUAUUGAAACAUGUAAAGCUGCAUGCAAGCUGGCUGUUACAGAGCUCUCCACAAAGGACCAAUCAACAAUAGAGAAACACAAUGACUCUCCUGUGAAUACUGAUAUAACUCCGACCAAUGAGCUUCAGUCCAACAUCAACUUUGUCCUACCAAAACAACAGCAUAUAGUAAUUCCAUCUACACCUACUAUAUCUUCAAUUCCCUUAACACAUGUUGCGGUUCAAAGCAUUAUGCGGGCACUUCAACAGCAAUCUUCUGCUUCUCCGGUAACAUCAGUAGCAACCAGCAAAACGAUCAAGUCAGUCUCUCGUAAAAUAAUUGCCAUGCCAAGAUCAUUAUCCUUCUUAAAACCUCCUAAAAUAGGAGCACCAUCUCCCUCCCAGCCUCCUACUGUUGUGUCAACAGUUGUUGCUGCACAGAAGAAGAGUAUACUUCCAGACUCCUUAACUGCCGGCUUGCUUCUCGGAACCCCUUUUAAAGACUCUGUUCCUCAGACAACAGUAGACGCUGCGUCCGUGAAAUUGGUUUCUGCUGACCUUUCACAGUCAACCACAACCGCAAAAGACUCAUUGUCAGGGCCAACACAACAACCUCAAUUCACAAUAAUAAUUCCAAGAGAAGUGUCAGCUGUGGCGUCAAGGCUGCUUCAUUCACAGACCAUCAUUCCGAAAACCAAGCAAGAUACAGCCAAAUCAGAUGCUCUUGUUACACUGUCAUCGCCCGAUUUGAUUUCACCUUCACAGGAGUUAAGGAUUACUGUGAAUCCACAAAUUGCUUCAGAUGAAGACACCAAAGUGUUGUUUCAAAACAAGAGUGAAACAUCGGAACCUAUUUUAGAAUAUCCCCAACAAAUAGACUCCGUUUCUGAGCUAAUAAAAGCACCUACAGAAAACAUUCCCAGUUUAAACGCAUCAGAGGGGCCAGUGCCUACCUCUGUGCCUCCAGUGAUAACGCAAAAAACUGUUGCACAGAAACUCUCUGCCGUGGUCAGAUUAACCAGGCUCUCAUUUCCAAUAUCAGCCAAAGAAGCAGUGAAUGUCUCUAGACUGCCUACAGAUGGAUCUUCUGAAAACUUGAAAGAAGGUAUCACAAAAGAGAAACCAUCAUCUGUGGUUAUGUCAACGCAGCCAUCAAAGACGCUUGUGUCAUCCACUGAGUUAUGUCCCGGAUUAAAAGAAACUCCUGUUGUUCUGCCUGUGAAUAUCUCUCAGAUGGCAGAAAAGCCCAAAGGUAUUCAAGAGAAGGCAUCAUUAUCCUCUGAAGGCAGAACACCUUCCGAGGUGUCAAGACCAGACUUUGAGAACUCAACAUUGGCCCCCAAUACAACACCUACAGAAAAUAAAUCAUCGGCUGACAUCAUGCAUCUAACUCCAAUCGCCACCGAGGACAUGUCAACUCCUCAUUCAUGGAUGACUAAAGCCCAGUUCCUUGCACAGCUGGCAGUGACACCUGUUACGAAAGACCCAACAAAGGCUUCCUCUGAGGACUCCAUGGAUGCCACAGCUUCCUCUGAAGACACCAUAACUGGUGACAAGAAAAGGUUCCACAACAAAUCUAUUUUGGACAAGCUCCAAAGUCAUCUCAAAACUCGCUUGCAAACUCAAAGGUCUAAAAUGAAUCCAUGCAAAGAAACAGAGACCAGCGCUAUAAGGCCUAUAAAUCCUAGAUUAAAAAAUGACAGCCCAGCCAAUGAAAACACAACAAAAAAAAUCAAUUUUCCUGAUACCAAAAGACUCAGGAUUGGUUAAAGAUGUUACAUCUCCAGCCAGGAAAGCUGUUCACCCUGUUCGUUUUAUUCCCAAGAGAUCUGGACAAUCUGGAGCUAGUGUUGGAUCCAAGAGGACUUUUAGUGAUCCACCGGUCAGUUCUAAGAGGUUUAAGGCUACUAGAGAGUCCACUCCUUUGACUCGCCGGUCUACAGGUGUAGAUGUUGGCUCCACAACUAAAAGAUCCACUUCUCUGUAUCCUAGGAUGUCUAGCUUUACUUUAACUAGCUCUAAAACGGAUAAAUCAACUUCCAUGGGUCCUAGAAAAUCUAUCUCAAUUAAAGAAAUUGCUAGCCCUAAAAACAGAAAAUCAGCUUCUGUCAGCCCUAGGAGGUCUAGCUUAAGUAAACAAAGUGCUAGCCCUAAAAACAGAAAAUCAGCUUCUGUCAGCCCUAGGAAGUCUAGCUUAAGUAAACAAAGUGCUAGCUCUAAA